AUGCUGGUUGCCAUGACAACCAGACGCAGUGCCUUAUCGAUCGGUGGUCGCUUAGCAACUAACGGUCCAACAGCUGGAAAAUCAGCUGACGAGCUGAAUACAGUGAUCAGUGCUUGGACUAUAAGCAUCUAGAAUACGACAUUGGCCGAUGUAUAGAAAUGGCCUCAAAGCGAAGAAAACAGUCUACAAGUGCCAAGAGUAACUCCUCCUUCUCUACUAUGGAAACCAAGGGGAAAUCAACACCAAAUGAAGAAAGUUUUUCCUCCAGGUUUGAAUCAACUUUGGGAUUUAGGUUGGAAGACCUUUCCUCUUUUGAUGGGUUUUGUCGACUGAUGCACCGUCCCUGUGAUCCCAGCUGUUUAGCUGUCAUUAGGAUUUUAUUCGGUUUGCUGAUGAUGGUGGAUGUGAUGGAAGAGAGAGGUUUGUCAGAGGCAGACCUCAAGUGGGGUGAUCCUCACAGUUGUCACUUCCCUCUGCUCAACUUUCUGAGACCUCUACCUCUAGAGUGGAUGUGUCUGCUCUACCUUAUCAUGUGGCUGGGUGCUGCUGGGGUAAUGCUGGGAGCCUAUUUUAGACUCAGCUGUCUCAGUUUCUGUCUACCCUACUGGUAUCUCUUCCUUCUGGACAAGUCUGCCUGGAACAACCACUCCUACCUAUAUGGACUACUCUCAAUAAUGUUCCUCUUCUCCAGCUCUCACUACUGCUGGUCUAUUGAUAGUUUGAGAGGGAAGGCUCCAAGAAAUGGGCAUGUGCCACUGUGGAACUACGCAAUUCUAAGGUUCCAAGUAUUUGUUCUUUAUUUCAUUGCUGGACUAAAGAAACUGGACCAGGAUUGGCUUAGUGGCUAUUCCAUGACUAACCUGGCUUCCCAUUGGCUGUUUGACCCCUUUAGGUUAAUUCUGACCCAACAACAAAUUGACUACUGGAUUGUCCAUUUUUUUGGUUUUCUCCUGGAUCUGAGCAUUGGAUUUUGGUUAUACUUUGACAAAACAAGAGUUCCAGCAUUGAUUUGUCUAACUGCCUUCCAUGUCAUGAACUCUAGGAUAUUUACAAUAGGAAUGUUUCCUUACGUGUGCCUUGCUACAAUGCCUUUGUUUUGCCAUAUGGACUGGCCAAGAAAGUUAUUGAGCCGUUUUCAAAAAGAGACCUUGCUUGAGGAGCCAGAAACAACAAAUGUUUGUAUUUAUCCCUCAAAACAUGAAACCAAAGAUCGAGUGAAGGAUGUCCGAUGGUACCAUAGACUGACAUGUAGUAUUUUGCUUCUGCAUGUAGCUUUGCAAGCUUUCUUGCCUUAUUCACAUUUCCUGACAAAGGGCUAUAACAACUGGACCAACGGACUGUAUGGAUACUCGUGGGAUAUGAUGGUCCACUCCUGGGAUACCAUCCUUGUGGUGGUGAAAGUAGUUGACAAGGAUUCUGGACAAGAACAUUUUCUUGACCCUCAGGCAUGGACACAUACAGAUAGAUACAGCAAACAUGGUGACAUGAUGUAUCAAUACGCUCAAUGUCUUAGGGACAACAUACAACGAGAGCAUCCGGCAUUGAAGAAUGUUUCAAUCCACAUUGAUGUUUGGUGCUCGCUCAACCGGAGGUUCCAGCAAAGGAUGUUCGACCCCCGAGUGGACUUGCUGACUGUUGAUUGGUCACCCUUUCAGCCAGUAUCUUGGCUGAUGCCUUUACUAACAGAAUUAAGCUCAUGGAGGACAAAGAUUGCCGAGAUAGAAGAACAAGUCUACUCUUGGUCUAACUACAGUGACGUUCUGUUUGUAGCUGAUUUUCCAGGCUUAUACUUGGAGAACUACAUUCACGGAGGUCUAUCGAACGUUAGUCUCAGUGUUUUAGAGGGAAAAGUUCUCGUGGAACUUGAAGACGGGGCUAACCUAAUUGUCCAUAGUGGGGAAAGUAGUUUUAUUCCUGUCCAGAACUUCCACAAAGUUCAUACAAUCUCAGAAACUCCAUCAUGCUACAUGUACACCUACGCCAAUGAAACCUUGCUAGAGUUAGGGUCAGACAGGGAAAAGAAAGCUGAAAGUAAGAAAACUGUCGCGUUUCUCCAUGAAACCAAACGACGAUGGAAAAACUUCAUGCAGGCUGCUAAUCUUGUUGGUAACGCUCUUCUGAACGUUUUAUAUUCUGUUCCGAUGAAGAAAAGGGUUAGAGUUAACUAAGAAUAAUGCUUCUUACCAUUUCAUGACUCAAACUGACUUUCAUCAAUAGGUAAUAAAUAUAUGAUUUAACCAGUGUCCUUCAAUUAUUGAAAAAUGAGCUGUAAACUAUUUCUGUGAGCAUCACAUUAUAUUUACAAAAACUGAUAACAUACCGCAAUUAAAGGUGUUUUAAAUAUAACUGCACCCUAAUGCACAAUGUCUUAUUGUUAAAACUUUUGCCUUUACAAAAAUGUCUAUACCAUGUUAUUGUUAAAUCUUUUGACUAUUUUCGUUGUAGCUGAUUGGAAAAAUCUGUUGAAUACUGUACCUGAUAGUCCCAUGCCAGUUUUGAUACCCUAAAAGUUCGGUGCUCAAUGUAUUUGUAAGACAAAUAUGUUGAUUGUAGGAUGUUCAUUAAAAUAUUUUUGUUGUGAAGUGUAGUUAUAGGUGUUGUAUUUUUACAAAAAUGUUUAUUACAAAGACAUUUAUGUAUAUGUUAUUAUGAACUAGUCAAUUAUGCUAAAAAAUAAAAUCUAUUACCAAGUAUAUAUUGAUCAUAAUCAAGUCUGCAUGUUGAUAUUUGGUGAUAAUCAUUGUAUACGUAUUGUAAAGAUGUUAUGCCUAUAUAUUCAAGGUUCACUUUUAACUAACAUUUAAGCCUUAUUUUAUUGUAAAGUUAUGACACAUAAAUGUUUUUGUACCAGUA